AUGGCGACGGCAUCAUCCAGCCCUCCUCCUCCCGGCUUCGUCACCCUCUCAGCCCUGGACGCCGGCCACCUCUCCCUCCCAGAACACAUGUUUGUCAACAACGCAGAUCCAGUAAAGAAGAAUCUCGUCCCAUCUCUCUCAUUCCUCAUCCGCCACGCGUCUCCAGACGGUAGCGUCACCAACCUCGUCUUCGACCUGGGCGUCAAGCGCGACUUGAACUACUCGCCCGCCCAGCAAAAUGAGCUCGACCUCUGGAGGCCGCUCAUCACCGAUACCGAUUGUGCCAAGAGCCUGCGCAACGGAGUUGCUGAUGCUCCCGGCGGCGCAAGCAACGGCAUGCUCCUCGAUCCAACCAAGGACAUUGACAACAUCAUCAUCAGCCACGCCCACUGGGACCACACCGGCACGCCCUCGGACUUCCCCACGGCAACGUUUGCUGUGGGAUCUGGAACGCUGGAUCUCUUCAAGAACGGCGCUGGACCGGCAUAUCCAUCGAUUUUCUUCAACAAGGACGAGCUUCCCGCUCUCCGCACCGUCGAGUUCCCUCCCGUCGCUAAGCCUCCUGCAGCCGCUGCUUCGUGGGCUUGGAAGCCGUUUGGCGAUCUGCCCAACACCCUCGAUUUCUUCGGUGACGGCAGUCUCUACGUGGUUGAUACACCAGGCCACAUUUACGGCCAUGUGAAUCUGCUUGCUCGGCUUGGAGAGCGAAGAUGGGCCUAUCUCGCUGCAGACUGCUGCCACGACAGACGGUUGGUGACAGGCGAAAAGGAGAUUGGACUGUACGACGACGGUCAUGGUGGGCUGAGAAGCAUCCACACUGAUACUGAAGAGGCACGCAGAUCUUUAGAAAGACUAAAAACUUUCUUGAAGAAUCAUGGUGCUGAAGGGAACGAGGUGCAACUUAUCCUUGCCCAUGAUCCUGUAUGGAGGAAAGAGAAUGCACAUGCGUGCUGGCCUGGAAAGGUAUAA